CUCCGGGAUGGAGAAGACAGAAUCAAGGGCUCCAGCCACCCGGCGCAAGAAUUCGGGCCAAGAUUCUGCCAAGAAGUCUACAGCACGAACCCGGGCUCCCCGCCUCUCCUCUCAGGCUGUCCCCGACCUUACAGACGCGGUCCUGGAGAAAGACUCUCACUCCAAAGGGACGGAAUCUCUGCGAGAAAAGAAACUCCCUGAUUUCCGGGAGAAGCUCCCUGCCAGAGCCCCGGGAACUCUGCCUGCUAAGAAGGGGCCUCCCCACUCCGGGGACGGAGAUACGCAGAGGGACAAGAGACCAGAUCUCGGGGAGGAGCGCCCUACUGGAGCCCUGACAGCUGUAUCCUACGAGCCGGAAGUCUUGCCCAAAGAAAAGAGGGGUCCCGCGGGGCGGGAGAACUUGGUUGGGAGGAAGCUACAACGUGUGGUGGAGAAACUGAAGCUGCGGCGUGAGGAGAGGUCCCAAGCUUGCGGAUUGGUGAACAAGGUUUUGGACCACUUGCAACGGCAGCUGCCCCUUUGCGACCCAGCCUUCAAAGGCAUCGUGGCGCUGGGCACAGGCAGCUACUACGAGCAAGUGAAGAUUUCUGUUCCAAAUGAAUUUGAUAUCAUGCUUAAACUAGGAGUUUCCAGAGUUGAACUGGAAGAAUAUGAUGAAAGUGGUGCUUUUUACUUCGUGAAGUUUAAAAGAAAUCCAAAAGGAAACCCUCUGAUUCGUUUUUUAGAUAAUGAAAUAUUAUCAGCUUCUAAACUGCUUUCUAAAUUUAGGAAAAUCAUUAAGGCAGAAGUAAACAAUAUUAAAGCAAAUACCUGGCGGCUUUCCUUCUCACACAUCGAGAAGGACAUACUUAGGAAUCAUGGAAGUUCUAAAACGUGUUGUGAGAUGAAUGGAGUGCGGUGUUGCAGGAAAAAAUGUUUAAAGUUGAUGAAGUAUCUUCUUGAAAAGCUGAAAAAAAAGUUUGAGAACCGGAAGGAACUAGACAAGUUCCAUUCUUAUCACAUGAAAACUGCCUUCUUUCAUGUAUGUGCCCAGGAACCAGAUGACAGUCAAUGGCAAUUAGAAGACCUAGGAAAGUGUUUUGUUAACUGUGUGAGUUAUUUUUUUCAAUGUCUCCAGUUAGAACAACUUUUUCAUUUUUUUAUUCCUAGAUAUAAUCUGUUUAGUCAUGACCUCAUUGACAAAACCAGUCGAUUAUUUCUGUUAAGGCAAAUUGAAUUUCAAAAAGACAAUAUGUUUCCAUUAUUUGAUGAAUAA